CGGCAAAAUGUAGGACCGAACAACAAUUCGGAAAUCACACGACCCCACCAUGCCCCGCAGGCUGCGUCUCAUUAAGGAAUAUAUCUUCACCCCGUUAACCUGACAGAAAAAAAUUGAAUCUUCAUAAAUUAAUUCCGCUGGAACUCAAUUUCUGUCUUUCUACAUUACACUACGGAGCGAAUUUCAGGAUUCGGUCUUGCGUAAUACAACACCAACAAUUUCCAAUAGCCCUGGUAAAAUAAAAUGCAAGCCACUGUCAAUCCUAUUGAAUAUUUACAACUGCCGAAAGAAUUUCACCCUUCUGCAAGCCGAGCAGUUGACAGCAUCUACAACACAGUGCACCAGUCGGACCCGUCACAUGAUGCUUCGCGAUACACUCUUCCAAAUGACUGCCUACCAAUUGUCAGGGAAGCGCAGAAGCUUUACCAGAAAAGAAUGUCACUACUUGGAGUUUCCGCACUGUCUUCACAUCUUGCUGUGUUGAGACGAAAAUUUUCAGCUGGCGGACAACAUGACACUGUGAUAGUCCCUUUAGUCGCUAUCGAGAAUGCACAAGUCUAUGUCGGAGACAAGGAGGGAAAUAACAUUAAAAUAGAUUGGAGUUGGGAGAAGCCAUUGUUCGCAUUAAAACAUACAGAUUUCAACAUUGAUGAUGGAAAACAGGUUGGGGCGAUAAUUGUCCAUUUUCCGCGAAAUUCAACAAAUGAUAAAUAACCCCUAAGUGGAACUCUAGAAUGACAAAGUGAAUCUACGAUUUAAGGCCUUAUAUGUAUUCCACAAGGAGGCGUUCAUAAUAGUACUCGGGUUUAGAGCUUUCUGACCUGUUCGGAGGAGUAGAAGUAGAUCCAUGGUGGGCGGGGUUGAGAUGCUGGUGCAGGCUACAGACCAGUAACCAAGAUCGAUACGAAUAGAGCCAAAGUUCCUCGCGGGAUUAAUGGAAGGUUGGCUAACAUCCCCCGGAAGAUUGUCCAGGUGUAAGAAAAGAAGUCCAGGAGUCAAGGUCGAUGUCUGUAGAAUAAACGGCCGUCGUGGGGUCAAUCGGAGGUUGGUCAGCAUCUGGUGGAACGGUUGAAGAUUGUCUGAGUGAAAGAAAUGCAGACCAGGAGUCAAGAUUGGCAGAAGGAAGGAGAUUCGCCGAGGGGUGAAUUGAAUGUUGUCUGGAUGGAGAAAAGGCAGACCAGGAGUCCAGAUUGAUACUGACAGAAUAGGGAAUUGAAGGUUGCCUAGGUGAAGAAAAGGCAAAGCGGGUUUCAACAUUGGUGUUGGGAAGAGUGUGGACAGUCGGCGAUUGAUAAGCUUGACAGUCCCCAGGGUUCAACCUGCUUUGGGUGUUACCAACAUCACUGGGGAUGAUGUUUAAUGGCGCCGCGCGCACCGAAUCCGUUGGAUGCAACUGGUAUGUGCUUUCGCGUUGGGUCGCAGCAGCAGCGAGAGCUCGCAUUGGAGCGUCACUGUGCGAGUUUAUACGAUGACUGAGGUCUAAGGAGACCGUUAGAUAACUUUUCCAGACAGUCCUGUACUAAAAAACAUACCUCCUAAUGGAUAAGCUCUAGGCACAUGUUGUUCAAAAUCCUGUGCCUGCAAGCCGCGAUAUAGCCGUUUGCUGCUGGGCUCUUUGUUUGUCGCUCCCUGCACGGGCUCUCCGAAAUAUUUCCUCACGGCCGUCAACACUUCUCCCUUGCUCUGAAAAAUCUCAUCGUCCUCCCAUCCAUAAGCUCUAAGCCCACCGAGGAUAGCCUUUGCGCAUAGUCGGUCAUGGCAGCGAAAGAUCUUCUCCCGUUCAGGGUAUUUAUCUUUCACGAACUUAAGCAGUAGGUCAACAUCUACAGAGCCCCUCUCCCACCUAGAGAAACAUUAGUAGAGAUAGUAAUGAUGGAUCAUGAGGCUCACUCACAUUCUUGAACGUUGUUCAUUCAAACAUGCCAAAAUUCCAGGACCACAUAUGAUCACAAGACGAGCAUAGUUGCGGCUCAGAGAUCUGGUUUG